AUGUUCCAGUCCUUUACCGGAAGCUCUCGUCGUCCGCGGCAGGUGAAUCUAAGUGGCCGCAACAACAAUCCCUUCGGUGCAUUCCCCGGAAACUCUCCAGGCCGGCCGGCUCCGCAUGCCUCAAACCCACAAAGCGCGGUUGCCAUUGCACAGCAGGAGCGGAUACAGAGACAGCUGGACAGAAAUAAACAGAAUGCGGUCCGGAACAUCCAGCGAGUGUGGCGGGGUUCCAGAAGCAGGAGGAAGACAUACAACGCUUGGAGGUCGGAAUGGGACACAAACGAGCGGGCGAUGACAGAUGCGAUGGAUGCCGUUGGAACUGAAGUUGGCUCGGCAAAUAUGGCACUCCCCUCACGUCGAUCUGCCCCGUAUGCCACCGCAGACCAAUGUCUGGGCCAGCUUCGGCUCUUGGUCCAGUUUGUAUUGAAAGGCAACGUGGGGGCAGACAGGCGAGAUGAUGUAUUGCGUUUGGUGUACUUUGUGGAUGCCUUUGAGCAGACUUUGCAAAGUUUGCCUACGAUCGCUACCGAAGGUGAAUGGACUCAGCUCCUCAAACGACUGGCCCUUGCUGUGCUGCGUGCACUGAAGUCUGCAUGGACCUCCUUUACUCCCACCGCUGCUGUUGAGCCGUUACUUCGAGGAGCAGUUCUUCUAGUCGAACUGAUACCCAAGCAAAUGGCCACCAUUGCUGAUAAUUAUUACGAUGCUAUGGCUUUCUUGACCACAAAUUUUUCAAAUACGCAACCAGCCGAUCCACGAGUGCUCAUGAUAGAACCGAAAGCUCUUAAAGAGAGCGUUCUUGCUCUUUUGCGACCCAUCACCUCCCAAACUAUGUCUGCAUACGAAUCUUUCGCAACCUCGUAUCUCACCAUUCCAGAUCUUGAGAGACACCUGGGGAAACUAGAUGAUUUGGCCAAUCAAAUCAACUAUCGUAUGCUUGCAUUAGCUGUCUCGUCUCGCCUAAGCCCGACUUCCAAGGGUCCUCGCACCUUAGAUGACACAGAGGCUCGGAUUUGGUUGUUUUCAUACUUGGUUUUCUUCCACAGAUAUGCCUUGGGUGGUAAAGCCAACAAUCGACCAGCAGAACUGGAGUUUAUAAGCGUCAUUUCUGAUUUGCUCAAAUCCACGGCGACUCAUCUUGUGCAAGGCCUAGAGGCGGAAGAUCCAAGUGAUCCAGACUCCCUACCAGGCGCGCAACCCUUGCACCCGUUCGUCAAGGAGCAACUUACUGGCCUGGUCAACCAAAGUAGCGUCACUGGACUUCUUUCUCCUAUCCGAUCAUCACGUCUGACAAGCCCGGCCUUCACAAGCGCCGAGUCUGACGCAUCAAAGGAGGCCAGGAUUUUAGCUACAUAUGCAUUGACCCUGUUGAGAAUCUUCCCGCGCCGUGGAGAUGACAUCCGAAUGUGGCUGUAUCUGGGCUCAGCCCCAUCUGGGGACCAUGUCUCCGGCCAACCAGAUGCAAAAGUACCAGCCAUCAAAUAUUUCUGGCAGGCAUCUAGAUCCAGUCGAAUCUUUCAGAUAAUCAGCAGUGACUCAACAAAAGUGCUACCACUGCUACAACCGCCCCGGGAAGCCACAGAUUCUGCCACCCAGCUAUGCCAUGGUCAAAGGGAUCAGGAGUGGACCACUAUCCUCCUCUUCCUUGAGCUCUAUACAUUUGUUUUGAAAGUCAUGGAUGAUGAUGAGUUUUUUUCUAACAAUUCUUCUCUCACAUCUUCAGAUGAUGCAAAGGUUUCAUGGACAAGGGAGAGCGCCUUGCCUCUGGACGAUGUAAAGGAGAUGACGAUCUUUCUCAAAAACCUGGCAUUCACUCUUUACUGGGAUGCUGUCGAUUUGAGUGAACCAGAGCUUCGACCUACUGCAGUCAGUCUUAGCGCUUAUUUCAACAACAUUUCCCAACAAAAGUCCGAUUCUACUCCUCUCCCAAGCACAAAAGAGCUUGAGGCAAAAAGCGAAACGACCUACCUCCCCGGCGUUACUGGAAUUCCACUAGAUUACUUCAAAGGGCUCGUAACAGGAUUGCUUCGAAUGUUACAUGAAAGAGACUCCCGUCGGAAGUUCCUUCCAAAUGGCCACUGGCUAAUGACCAGUCGAUUCGAUAUGGACGGUUUUAUUAACGCUGUUGUCGCGGAAGAAGAGAAGAGGCACGAAUUCCAGGCUCAGGCAGACGACCCUGACAACAUUAAUCCUCUGGAUGAGGAGGAGGAUCGAUAUAACGAGAUCUCCGGGAUAAUGGGAACCAGUCGUGCUCAACAGACCAUCCACUUUGAAGCCCUAAGACGCCACCAGCGAAAAGCUGCCCGUACGCGGAUUUUGGCGGCUAUCGCACCCAGAUUAGAGAUCCUUCGAAAUAUGCCGUUCUUCAUUCCCUUCAAAACCCGAGUUCAAAUCUUCCGCCAAUUCAUAUACCAUGAUCAGCACCGCCGCCGAAACGGGUUUGUGGAGCCUGAUCUUUGGCGCGUAUCCAUCGCCCAGGACACAUCAAGACAGACAGCCGAUGGACGUUUACUCGCGCAUGAGAUUCUUGGUCGACACCAGGCUGAGAUCCGACGAGAGCAUAUCUUUGAUGAUGCGUUGGGCCAGUUCUACCAGCUGGGUGAUGGCCUGAAAGAACCGAUCCAAAUCAGUUUUAUUGAUCGGUUCGGCACCAGGGAAGCGGGCAUCGAUGGCGGUGGUGUUACAAAGGAGUUCCUGACAAGCAUUACUAGUGAAGCAUUCAAGGUCGAAGGUGGCCUCAACAUGUUUUCAGAGAACGAUCAGCACCUGCUGUAUCCUAACCCCACCGCCGUUGAACAAUGCAAGGAAGAGAUGCGAGAGAUCGGGCUGACAGAGAAGAGCACAGAUUGGACUGCAAACAUUCGAGAGCUGCUCCGCCGAUACGAGUUUCUCGGACGCGUCAUCGGUAAAUGUCUCUAUGAAGGAAUCCUGGUUGAUGUUAACUUUGCGCCUUUCUUCCUUCUAAAAUGGGCGUUAACUGGCGGCAGCGGAUCUGCCUUGAAAGAGUCCUCCUAUCGGGCCAAUCUCAACGACUUGAAAGAUCUUGAUGCAGCUCUGUACCAAGGUCUAUUGAAGCUGAAGAAUUACCCUGGCGAAGUUGAAGAUUUUGCACUCGACUUUACUAUCACCGAUACCAUUCCGAUGCCGGGAUCUAACGAUAAAACGGUCACAAAGGAGCUGAGACCCGAUGGCUCCAAUAUCCCUGUCACAAACCAGAAUCGCCUGGUUUACAUCUCCUACAUCGCACGAUACCGACUCCAGGCACAACCAGCGCAGCAAACAAACGCCUUCCUUCAAGGAUUAGGACAGAUCAUUCAACCUUCUUGGCUGUCCAUGUUCAAUCAGGCUGAAUUGCAGACUCUGGUGAGUGGAGAAACAGGUGUCAUCGACGUGGAAGAUCUGCGACGCAACACGCAAUAUGGUGGAGUCUACGUAAUCGGCGAUGAUAAUCAGGAACACCCUACCAUCCAGAUAUUCUGGAAGGUAUUGCACGAGAUGACCUCUGAGGAACGACAGAAGGUGUUGCGGUUUGUGACCUCUACCCCUCGGGCCCCACUGCUUGGAUUCAGUCAUCUUCAUCCACGAUUCAGUAUUCGAGACUCAAGUGAUGACCAGGAGCGGUUGCCAAGCACAAGUACGUGUGUGAACUUGUUGAAAUUGCCACGGUACUCCAAUGCCGAAACCCUCCGAGCGAAGCUGUUAUAUGCAGUGAGCGCGGGAGCAGGAUUUGAUUUGAGUUGA